AGUAUGGCAUCCUGAAAAGUUUUGGAUGACAGAAAUGACAAAUUUCUAAAAUAGUUUUCCGAGUUACAAGGCUACCAUGAGUAACCCAUGGGACAUGCAAGGCGCCAAUCAGAACCCAGGAACAGGUCAGGUUCAGAUGUUUGACCCUACAAAGUUCCAGGGAACACCAACAGCUGGACCCCAGGGAGAAGGCAAUCAGAAUCAAAUUCCUAACAACACUGCACCAGUGGAUGAAGGGAAUGGAUGGGAUGAUUCUGCGUGGAAUUGGGGCAAUGAGGACCAGCAACAAACUGGAGAUCUGGGUGAUAGUUAUCAGGGGACAGACCAAAACAGUUACCAGACAAAUAACCCCUAUAAUUAUCAACUACAUGACCCCAAUGAUCCAAAUAGUUACCAAGCUACUGUGACUGAUCCCAAUAGUUAUCAGUGGAACCAGGACUCGAAUGCCCAGCAGGGUUGGAACAAUGGGCAGGAUUUGCAAAAUGUGAAUCAGAAUCAAUGGGGUCAGCAUCAGGGUCAAGGUCAUGUUGACCCAAAUGCAAACAAUUCGGGCAAUCCCGGUUAUGCUCCCCAAACACAUUUGGACCAGGAUAGCUUUAGCCAGGGUACUGGUCAGAAUCUAGAUGGAAGCCAGCAGGCAAACUUUUACCAAAGUUCUUUCAAUAAUCAAGAGGCUUUCUCCCAUGGUGCAUUAGCUCCUGGUGAUGAGAAUGAAGACUCAGGGACAGUUUCCACUAUGUUUGGUGGUGGUGAUGACGAUGUUGUUUAUGAUGACUCGGGGGCCCAUAUGGGUGGUCAGUCUGAUGUGCCAAGUGGGGCCCAGGACGGGUUUGGUGCUGGAAUGAAUCGGAUGCAGGAUAUAGCAUUAGAUGAUGAACAGUCUGUACACAGACAGGAUAGUAUACCUUUUGGCAUGUCUGGACUACAAGGUGAUAACCAUGCAAAUUCUCCAUUUGCUAAUGCGCCACAUACCGCAUCACCAUUUGAUUCUAUCGGACAGAAUAGCCAGCCUGGAUUAGCUUACGGUGAUGGUGAAUUGGGUCAGAAUCUAUCACAUAGCAGGCAGAGCAGCCAGGGGAAUGCUAACUUCACAGUUGGGUCUGGUCCCCCAAGCGCUGCCCAUAGUCGCCAGAAUUCAAUGGGCCAACCACAGAUGUAUGGAGGACAGCAAAACCAACCUGAUGUCCUUGGAAAUACUGCUCCUGUUGGUGGAGAUCAGAAUUCAGGUGUUCCCUUGUAUAACCCUGCUGCGAUUGGACAAACAGAUCAGCAACAGAACACUAGCGCUGUUCAAUUUUACAAUCCUUCAGGCGCUCGUACAGCCUCUCAAACGACUAGUCCAGAAAUGACUCCUCUUUCUCCUGAAGCGAGGAGUACUGGCUCAACUGAGGAUUCUCUCCCUGGUUCGCAGGCAGGACAUUUCCCUUUCCUCAGCCAUGAUAGGCAGGAAAGGCCACAAUCAGUUGGCUCUAAUCGUAGCACUGAAGGUUCAAUCAAAAGUAGCAGUUCUCUUCGAGGUCAUGUACAUCCUUUUCAAGGGGAGUUCAGGAAUUCGCCCCAACAGGGUAUGACACCACCACAUGUCAUGUCACCGGUCGCUGCGUCUAUGAGUAGCAAGGCCAGCAGUCGGGGAACGAGUCCAACAAUGCAAGAGUUACAGCACGUGCCUACGAAACAUGAACCAUCAAAGCUGGCCCAGGAUAACCUGUACAGGUCAAGGAGCAGUCCAAGGUUUGGUGGGAAAACUCAACCAAUGCCAGGACAGGGUUUAGGAUCGUUAACAGAGUCCGAUAAUGAGAGUGAGAAUAGGAGUGUUCAAUCCCCUGCCAACAUUAGUGGGUCACAGCCUCAGCCACCACCGACUCAGUUUGAUAAUACACAAGUCAGUGGACAAGCGAACCCAGAUGCGUCUCAGCCUGCGAUGAUGGAUAGCUUUAGUGCUGGUGGGCAGGAUCAGUGGGGGCAGAAACCACAAGGUGGAGACCAGGAUCAACAGGUUCUGCAAACAAACCAAGACCCUCUGCAACAAAGCUAUGGCAGUGAUGGUUCGUUUGUGCAACAGAUGUCAGCUGGUAGUAUAGACCAUUCACAGCCUGAUCAAGCUCUGGCUGGUCACCAGCAGUGGCCACGACAAGAUCAUUCGCAGACUGCUCAGCAAAGUAACCCACAUCAGCAACUCAAUCAUCCUCAAAGUGCACAGCAGCUGUUCACUCCACACAAUGAUGUUCAGAGUCAACCGCAUGCUCAGCAAAUGUUUGGACAAGCCCAGAGUCAUGAGCCACCAGCAAUACAGAUGUUUGCUCAGCAAGGUGGACCUCAGCAACAGCCGCAAACUGCUCAGCAGAUGUUUGAUCAGAACAGUCCACCUGCUCAUCAAACAGGUCCACAGAGCACUCACGAGUACUUUAAUCCUGGAUCCCAGCAAGCUCAGUCGUCACAGUUGUUUAACCCUGGCCCUGCUUUUCAGCAUGGUGAUCCACAGCAGUACGUCAAACCUAAUGAGAAUCCAUCAAUGCACCGUGACCAGACGACACAGCAAUACUUCAGUCCUGAUGGCCAAAAGAGAGUUGAGGGACAUACUACUGCCCAGCAGAUGUUCAACCAACCUGGACAGCAGAGUCAUCCUCAGCAACCACAAAUGGUCAGUCCCCAGCAGCAGCAGGAACCUGCUCAUCAAGUUCCCCAAGCAGCACCCAAUCAACAUCAGCAGACUUCAUCUAAUCCUCAACAACCGCAAAAUGAUUCGAGGCAACAUCAGCUGGACCCUCAAUUACAACAUGAUGCUCAUCAUGGACCUCAGUCGUCACUGAGUCAGCCCCAUCAGUCUCCUCCUGCGACUCAUUCGAAUGCUCCCCGCUCAUUCCCCCAGACAUUAGAACAUCAACACACUCAAGACAAGCUCAUUGCUCAAAGCCCGAUUAUGACAAGUCCACUGACGUCUCAUCCUAACAGUCCAUUUAGGCCAGUUAGGUCACGUACGAAAAGUGGGAGCUCUGAUGUCUCAACUGCUUCAGCCGACAUGCCGGGGAUGAAGGGUCAGAUGUAUCUCACAGGUGGUGUUCCACAUCCAGAGGGGCAACAGUCGUUACCGGACUACAGGAGAGGCAGUAGAGACUCCAUGCCUGGGGAUGAUCGGAUGCCAGUUCCGAAGGAUACUGGACUGAUUGAUCCUCUGCGACGCCAGUAUCACGGCCAGAGGGAAGGGACAAUGUCCCCAGCAACGACACUAUGGGAGAACCCUGAGCCUGCUGCUGCAGUGACGUUGGCCCCAGCUGCGCCACCUACGCCAAAACAUACAUCGAAUCCUGAAAUGUCUGCGGAUCAGUUUGUGCAACCUUAUAGCCAACCAGGUAGAGUGGUGCCUCCAAAUGCACCACUGCCUGUCAGCAGUGACUUGAUGAAGCCGCCUGUCGUUGGCAUGAAUCCACUCCCGAAUAUACCUCCGCUGAAUACACAGCCAAAUGAUAAAGCUAGCAUGUUUCAACCUCCUACAAGUCAAAGCAUGCAGCAGACAAACCAGCCUGCGAGUCGUGGCUACCAGCAGGAACCAGCUAGUCAAGGUUUCCAACCACAAUUCGGUCAGUCUAAUAUGCCUGGGACUCAACCUGUUCAUUCUGUAAACCAAGGCGGUCCACCACAGCCGACCAAUGAUGCUGGACAGCUCCCUCCUAAUCAGGGUAGUCGGCAGCAUUCGGUCCAGGGUGUCCAGCAGCCAGGAAGCCAACCGGGUUAUCAGCCACACAUGGUGCCACCUCAGGCAAAAGAGAAUAUACAACACCAACAGUUUCAAGGAAGCCCGGCUGCGGCAAGUCGGGGCAAUCAUCCGGCUCCUGGCCAGGCUGAGAUGCCAUCCAUGUCCAGUCAGCCUGGAGUGCCACCUGUAAGCAGUCAGCCUGGUAUGCCAUCUUCAGGUCAUGCCAAUAUAGAGAACACGGUUCAGCAGGGGUCACCACCUGAACCUGAUCAUCAAAAUCCCUAUCAACAGAGUCAAAUGCAGCAUCCUGAUAAAAGAGACUACCAGAGACCCGGUGAAAAGUAUCAGCAGAAUCCACCCCAGAGAGUGACACAGAACGAGCCGCAGAGAUACCCGCAGAAUGUAUCGGGUCAACCUGGUACUCAGUACCCACCGAAUAGCCAACCUGGUCCGCAGUAUCAGCAGACAACUCCCCACAAUGCUCCUAGUCAGCCGCAGUAUGGCCAGCUGAACCAAGUUGAUCCUCAUUCCCAGGUCCCUGCCAGAUAUGAGCGCACACCUGAACAGUCGCAGUACGGCAAAACAAACCAGUUGGAUCCUCAUUCCCAGGGUCCAGCGCCACACGAGCGGACUCCUGAGCAGACAGAGCCAGCGAAGCCAAACUUUGAUACCUCAAACAUGCCAACGCCUAUCAAAGAUGAAACAGGGAUGAAUCCAGUGGCGAAUAUGCCCUCAACGCCACUGCGGGCUGCUGUAGGACACGAGCAGGUGCGUCCGAGCCCUGCUACAUCAACCCCAGCCUCCAAAGACAGACCAGCACAGAAUCAGGAUCUCACCCCUGAUAAUCCUGUUCCUGACCCAUACGGCAAUAGAACACAGGAUCGGUCACUUUAUUCAGAUGAUCCGAGGUACAGAGAUGACCCGAGGUACAGAGAUGACCCAAGAUACAGGGAUGAUCCACGGUACCAGACACCCAAGGACCGUGGAGAUCCACAGCAGAGAGCUGAUCCUAACUACAGUGAUCCAAGACACAAUAGAUAUCGAGAUCCAAGAGAAUAUGACUACAAUCGUCCCCCGAGCCGCACACAGUCGUUCCGUGACGUGGACCCUUAUGGGAGGGAGCUGCAAAAGGACCAGUAUGGUUACUAUGAGAGACCCAGGUCAAGACAAGGUUCUGAGGAUGGUGUGGACCCACAGACAUCAGGAAAAACUCGCGAGGACCGCCCUGCCUCGAGGCAGGUCCGUGAACGCGAUGACUAUUCUGAUUAUUAUCGAAGGGAUUAUGAGAGAAAAUAUAGUAUUGAUUACGGAUAUGACUAUCGAGACUAUAACCGUAGUUAUUACGACGACCCGUAUUAUGAGGAUUACUACCGCCGUGUGGAGAGGUAUAACCGUGGCUAUUAUGAUGAGUUGAGAUCGUAUUAUGGUCAGCAACCAGCCACACAAGAUGAGAACCAAAGAUACUACGAUUAUUAUCGACGUGCAAGCCAAACUGGUUAUGACCAGUAUGACCGGCAGAGCCAGCACUCUCGUGGCGCCACCCCUGGGCCAGAGGAUCAGUAUGACAGAUACUCGCGGCCACAGACUCCGGGUCAUGCGCCACAUUCAAGACCCAGCAGUCGCCAGGGUUAUCCUGGCUCGCGACCCAGCAGUCGACAAGAUUUCUAUGAUCCCCGUGAUAAUUCAUUCCGCCCUGAACCCAGGCAUGAUGUGGCGCCGUUUCAUCCGUACAGAGAGCUACCAUCGCCGUACUACGGCUCUCAGUCGAGCAGCCAGCAAGGUUCUCGACCGGGUAGCCGCACGAGUUUCACCUCGUAUGAUUAUGAGGAUUUCAUGAGAACGUACAACCAGUAUGGAUCCCGCCCGGGCAGCCGACAAAGCUAUGGGCAAGAGUACGGGCAGGACUAUAACCAGGCCUAUAACCAGUCGUACAAUGGGUCGUACCAGGAGCCUGGCGCAUGGCCUGACCAGGCCGGCACUGGUACAGAAGAACCCAAGGGCCGCAUGACGCCAGCAAAGUUUGCCAUUCCCCACGUUGUUGCCCGAUUUGGCCCGUGUGGUCAGCUGAUCAAGGUACUCCCCAACCGCCCCUCUGACGGACAGCCAGCAUGCGUGGAGGUUCACGAGGUCGAGAAUAUGUACAACUCGCAAUACAGUGAUGCGGAUAUAUUGAAAUCAUUCCCUGGACCUCUGAUCAAGGGUGAGACUCACAAGAAUGAUGUGCUGGCGUUCUGCCACAUGAAAGCUCGUCACUGCCAUGAGAAUGUCGCCAUGGUGGACAGAGAGUCUGCCGAGCUCAUAUGGAAGUAUCUGGAACUGCUUAUCAAGCAAAAUGGAACGGUGCUUGGAUGUGAUAUCUCGGACCUCCUUCUUGAGGGCCAUGAACCCACGUCACAGGAAUAUCAUCGGACAGGCAUACCAAUACCGGAGCAAACCUUGUUGUCACAAGACCAUCAAGAUGGCGCCACUGAACCAACAGGGACAGUCGUUGCCGAUCGGUCGAUUAUAAACAAAGUCUCAUCUGCACCAUCAGUGGAUGAAAUCACAGAUCGUUUCAGACAUUUACUCUUAUACGGACGGAAGAAGGAUGCGCUGGAAUGGGCAUCAAAGCAUCAUCUGUGGGGGCAUGCGCUGUUCUUAGCAUCGAAGAUGGACAAUAGGACUCAUGCUAAUAUUAUGACAAGGUUUGCUAAUAAUUCCAUGAAAAUGAACGACCCGUUACAGACGUUGUAUCAGUUGAUGUCGGGAAGACAACCAGCAGCCGUCACUUGUAUCUCAGACAACCGCUGGGGCGACUGGAGACCUCAUAUUGCCAUGAUUUUGUCUAAUAACUCCAACAAGCCUGAGUUGGAUAGGAAAAGUAUUGCUCAACUUGGAGAUACUUUAGCUGCCCGUGGUUGCCUACACGCCAGUCACUUCUGCUAUCUGAUGGCCCACCAGCCAUUCGGGACGUACCAUAAAAAGACGUCAAAGAUCGUCCUGGUUGGAUCUAGUCAUAACCUGGCCUUAGAGGACUUCGCCACGAAUGAAGCCAUCCAGUGUACAGAGGUGUACGAAUAUGCACAGGGACUGGGCAAUCCUCAAUUCUCGCUGCCAUUCUUUCAGACUUAUAAAUACCUGUAUGCCACACGACUGGCUGAAAGUGGUCUUUCACAAGAGUCAAGUUUGAGGGAUAAGGCAUUGAUGUACGUAGAGAUCAUCUCGAAGAGUAUAGUGCGGAGUCCAGGGAGGUUUACACCAGUCCUUGUACGCCUUGUCUAUGAUCUUGGCAAUCGGUUAAAGUACAGUGAUCCACAGCGUCUCCAUGCAGCAGAUGACACCGAGGACCCCUACUGGCUGAUACAGCUACAGAAAGUGUGUCAGGGUUUUGAGGAGGGUACGAUACAGCCUAUCUCGGGGUCGGCCACGCCGGCUUUUGGCUCCACAACGACGGAGAGUGAGCAAGGUGACGGUGCUGCUUACGGCCAUGACGGGCAGGUGGCGCAAUAUGGUGGUCAGGAUCAGCAGGGUGGUUAUACGAACUAUGACCAGACAGGCCAGCAGCAGACGUCUGACGGACAGCAACAGCAAUAUCAGGGGUAUUAUCAAAGUCAAGAUGGUGCUAAUCAGGAUCCUAACCAGCAGUAUCAGCAACAGCAACAACAAUGGUCUGUCGACGAGUAUGGCAACUACUACGACCCAAACGCAUACACUCAACAACAACAACAAUGGGGUGACAUGCAACAACAACAACAACAACAGUAUGGCGCUGAUCAGACUGAUGGGACAGAAGCGCAGACAGGUCAGGACGUGGACUUGAAAGCUAGCAUGAACUCGCAGUAUACGGCCGUGUCGGGAACCAGUGAGGAGACGGAGGAUCACCUCGGGGAGUCGACGAGCACGUUUGAUUACUAUGGCGCAUCAACGCAACAGUUCUCGUCGUCUGCUACAAAUAAACAAAUGCAAGCUGCCAGGGCCCAAGAAGUGGAACGAAUCCGACGAGACUCAGCACGCUCUAAUCGCUCGAGGACGUCUAGUGGCUCCACCAUGGGGGGAGUGGAGUCAUUCGGUGGCAGCAUGAACCGCAACGCAGAGGUUCAGAUCCAAGAGUCGUGGUCACCCCUACAGCGCCCCCGCAGAAGUUCGGGUCAUUCUCGGUCCCGGACCAACUCAUCGGGGCAACCUAGCCCACCCUACAGUGCAGAGAACUCACCCUACAACACGACGCAGGGGAAUGCCCCAUACAGUCCAGGAUCUAUCGGCCAGCUCAGUCCCCUGUUUACCUUUGGAAGAAAGCAGUUCCCUCAGAGUCCAGCCGGCCAAAAUUCUCAACCCUCGUCUCCAACGAGAAAGAACUUUGGUGACUUCGCUGCAGGAUCCGGUGCACAGUCCGGUAUCGAGGACAAGACACCAUCACCGGCGACACCAUCCAAGCCGACAGAACCCAAGGAGCAGAAGCCUCAGAAAAGUGGAGGGGGAAUCUUUGGAAGCAUUUUCAACAAGUUGCCUUCAUUUCGGGGCAAGAACCAAAUGAUUCUGCCUGAUGAGAAAAAUCCUGCCAUCACAUGGGAUCCUGUGAAUAAGCGCUGGAGCAGUAAAGAUGGUGGUGAGGAGGACGCAGCCCCUGCUGCUCCACCACCUAAGGACUCAGAUCUCAAACCUACUGUCCCUGCAUUUGGUGCAUCGGCGCCGACCCCAGGACAGGCGCCAGCCGCAUAUACUGGGGCGCCGCCAAUGGGGAACAGGUUCUCGAGACAGAAAUCACGAGGAGCUCGGGGCCAGUAUGUGGAUGUAAUGAACCCCAGUCAGUCCUCAGCUACCCCAUUCGUGCCACCCAACCUCUUCAAUGUGAUGCCUAGCACAUCUAGCACGGCCAAGCCUGCUAAUAUCUUCAUGCCACCUACAGUGCCAACCGAAGGAGCAGAAGGUAGAGAGCAGACAACCACCCACCCGCAGGUCGCCAAUCCAACAUCAGAGCCGACCACCCCGUCAGAGCAGCCAGCGCCAUCUAUGGGCAACAAUCUCAUGCCGCCACAGUCAAAAGAGUUGUCGCGUUCAAGUUCGGCGAGCUCCCUAGCCCAGGAGGUCCAAAACAUAACACUGGUUCAACAACACCAAGCCGCAGCCCCAGCUCCAGCACCACAAGGUGGAGUGCCACCACAGACUGGGCCACCAACAGCAGGAGGACUGCCUGCCAUGUUCAACCCUGCACAGUUCAGUCACUCACAACAGCCAGCGUAUGGGGCAGGGCCGGGGAGGGCAGGACCCCGCUACGGACAACGAAGGGCCUAUCCUAAAUAAUCACACCUAUUUUGGGAAUACUAUAUGAGUGUCACAGAAUAUUCUGUUGGUACAACAUCAUACCUUGAAAACUAUGACCAAGCCUUUGGUGUACUUAUCAGCACAACAAAUCUCUCUUGGCAUGAGGUUAGCCCAGCAGAUUUUCGGAGGCCUUUUGAGAUUUAAUUCUCUCGGUGCUGUUGUGUGAGCAGAUGGGCAGACGUUGAGUCUCAAUCCUAAAAAAUUUGUAAUUCUGAAAAAAUAUAUUCGUGUGUGUCUCAUUAGUGUCAAAAUGAUCUUGGAGGUCAUGAUUAUUGAAUUGUCACUCUACAUAGAUGUACAUGUAAAGUGUAGCCUUGGUAUUAAUAUAUUUAUUAUCACAGAAUGAGCGAAUGACAUCACAGAAUCUUUAAUGUGGCUAUUUGUGAAUCGUUGGAAUGUGCUGGUUUUGGACUUGACUGGAUGUGUGGUGUGCACUGCAUGGUGUUCAAACAGUGUUUGGUCCGACCUCACAGUGUUAACUUGAACAGAGGUGGUUUAUGACAUAAUGAAAAGAUAUGCAUGGCAGAGUCUAAUUUGAGGUUGAAUUGUCUGACAAUGAAAAGACCUUUAUUCACGGAAUUGAAUUGUGACACAGACAUUUAGUGCAUUGAUGUAUAGAAUUCAUUGUGGAGAAGUUUCUAUCUGAGAAAUUGACUAUAAAUGCAUGUAAGGUAUCCUUAGUGAGUUAGGGCUGUCUUGCUAUUCAAGGGAGAAAAAAUUCAAGAAAUUAUUAUGAAAUAUUACAAGAAUAGAGUUACCAGUUAUAGUGUCAUUGUAGUCUUCCUCACCUUGAAUCAGAGCGGUGAAGGCUUGUCAUACAAUCUCGCGAAGGGUCUUACAUUUGAUUCGAAGGUACCAAUGUACAUGGUGGUGAUUGUUGCUUUGAGUAUUAUCAGUCAGUUCAGACUGUCAAGAUUGGUGGUUCUGUUUGCAUGUUGAAUCUAAUAAACCACGUCUUGAAAAUCAUUCUUGUGAUGACGUCAUCUGCAUCUGUCCAUGUAGGUUCAAAUGGCUUCAAUUUGAAGACUUCACUUUGCUAUUGUCAGAACUAAUGUGGAUGUAAAAAGAUGGUAAUUUAAUGUAUGUAAAUUUGUUAAGUUUCUUGAGUACAUGUAUAUGUGUAUAUUCUGUAGUUCUGACACAGUCCAAAUUCAUGAACCAUCGUCAUGUUACAUUUAGCAUAAAUGGGCUUGUUGUUGAAGACAGUGAAUGAUAGUAUUAAAGCUGACACUGUUCUGAACAAUGACGCUCGAAUGGAUGUCGUUCUGGUAGUGCCAUGAAUCAGGUGGGCUCAUGAUAUGAGGCUGUGCUGGUAGUGCCAUGAGUCAGUGGGUCUCAUGAUAUGAGGCUGUGCUGGUAGGGCCAUGAGUCAGUGGGUCUCAUGAUAUGAGGCUGUGCUCGUAGGGCCAUGAGUCAGUGGGUCUCAUGAUAUGAGGCUGUGCUGGUAGGGCCAUGAGUCAGUGGAUCUCAUGAUAUGAGGCUGUGCUGGUAGGGCCAUGAGUCAGUGGGUCUCAUGAGAUGUGGCUGUGCUGGUAGGGCCAUGAGUCAGUGGGUCUCAUGAUAUGAGGCUGUGCUGGUAGGGCCAUGAGUCAGUGGGUCUCAUGAUAUGAGGCUGUGCUGGUAGGGCCAUGAGUCAGUGGGUCUCAUGAUAUGAGGCUGUGCUGGUAGGGCCAUGAGUCAGUGGGUCUCAUGAUAUGAGGCUGUGCUGGUAGGGCCAUGAGUCAGUGGGUCUCAUGAUAUGAGGCUGUGCUGGUAGGGCCAUGAGUCAGUGGUUCUCAUGAUAUGAGGCUGUGCUGGUAGGGCCAUGAGUCAGUGGGUCUCAUGAUAUGAGGCUGUGCUGGUAGGGCCAUGAGUCAGUGGGGCUCAUGAUAUGAGGCUGUGCUGGUAGGGCCAUGAGUCAGUGGGUCUCAUGAUAUGAGGCUGUGCUGGUAGGGCCAUGAGUCAGUGGAUCUCAUGACAUAAGGCUGUGCUGGUAGGGCCAUGAGUCAGUGGGUCUCGUGAGAUGUGGCUGUGCUGGUAGGGCCAUGAGUCAGUGGGUCUCAUGAUAUGACACUAUGCCAUGAUUUCAAUUAUAAAACACUUAUUCUCAGCAAAAAAACUGGUUGUAGAGCUUAGUCUAAUGUUUUCUUUCUUAUCUUUUAAACUAAUCUGGGUCUGGUUGUUCAAAAGAUGGUAGUCACUAACUUUUUGGUAACUUUAACUUGAUGUUUAAGUUUAAUGAGCUUCACUGAAGGAGACAAGAGCAAGAGUUGAGCAUUAAAGUAAGUGACAACUGAUUUUGAACAGGCGGACUCUGGUCUCAGCUUGUGCUCGGUAACUCUUGGGCCAGGUUUGGUGUCAGGUCAUUAAAAGGCUUUAUAACUCUUCUUGCAAUAUAGGAUAUGACUUGUGAUUCAUGUUUCGACAUCGAGACACUCUGGUAGCUUUUAUUUGGUGAUACGGUGUUAUUUCAGUGUAAAUUAUUUGAUCUCUGUUUGUGUCGCAGAAUAAAAAUGAAUAUUAUAUUA